AUGUUUCACUACGAACAAUUUUUUAACGGAGAAAGUGAUCCAAAUGUUGUGUUUGCCGAACUCGACAAAGGUCUGCACUCUCUAAGAAUAGGAGAACAAUGUGCUGCAAUUGUGAGGUACCCUGAAUUAUUUGAGGAUUAUCCUUUCCCCAUCAUGAUCAAAUCUUCGUUUGUAAAGUUAUCUAAUGUCUUUAGAUCAGGGACGAAUUUUUUGAGACUGUGUGUGGUGCAGGUAGCGGAGCAGAGCAGCCAUCACCUGGAGAAGUUGGGCAAUGUGGAUGAGAUUGUGAGAAGCAUCCACAGUGUCAUAUACAGCAAUGACCCUGUCGCAAGACUUCUGAGCAGUAUGGCAGGUCUUAUAUCAGAGCAGAAGUUUGUGCAUCACAGCAUCCUUUCCAGUCUGGAAUCUCACGACAAAGUUGAAGUCCUGGCAGCUCUUACUGCUGCCUCUGCAUUUGCUGCCAAGUCGCAGAGUUUUGCUAGCAUCAUCUGUUGCAAGUUGUUGGAAAUGAUCGACAAACUGUCCGUGCCCGUGGACAUGAAGGCUAGAUUCAUCCACAUCUGCAAGAACAUGAUGUGUGAUGCUGCCACUUCUUAUAUGGUGCGAAACCUAUGCCUAUCAAUGCUGAAGAGAUACCCAUCCAAUAAGUUUGUGACAUCUGUGCUCCAUACACUUACCCUUUUGUCUUGUCGAUCUCUUGUUCACCUUUCAGAACAGGUAAGUUUGUUGCAGACAUACCUGAUUGAAGAUGGUAGGACGUCAAUCAAGCAGAUGGUGCUGAGAGAUUUGAAGUUGCUUGCAUCGAAGGCACCUCAUGUCUGGACAAGUGAAAAUAUUAAUGUUAUAAAUAGGUUCAUAUGGAGCACUGUGAAUAAUGAAGUGACGAAUGAGAAGUUGCACCUUAUGAGUCUGCAGGUUCUUUCUCAACUGUCUUCGUCCACAGCUGUUGUUUCAUCUAUGAACUUUGAUGAUAUGAAAGAGUGUUACACGUUCGCUUGCUACCAUCCUAAUUUGCUCAUAACCAUACAUGGUCUCAAGUUGUACAUUGAUUUGUCAAUCUUCAAUGUCCAGAUGAAAAAAACUUCUAUUUCAUCUGAAGAUCUGGGUGAUGAUUUAAUAGAGUUGAUGAUAGUGAUAGAUACGUUGAUGAUCAUUUACAUGGGUGAGACUUCUGCCGAAAGUUCAAAAAACGUGUUGAAGGAGGCCUUGAUAAUGAUUCAAAAGUUAUGUCAGUCAUGUCCAUUCCUGAUUGGAUCCCUGGUUGAUCACGUGAUCAGUUUUGUCGCUGACGAUAAUUACUGUGUGGAUAAAAGAAUAAUCCUCUGUGACUUCCUUUCCUCCAUCCAUGCAAACUCCGACAACUCGAUCAGCACUAUGAAGAAAGUUGUUGACGUUCUCUUGACGACUUUAAAAAGUAUCACAGAUGAAGAUCAACAACCCUUUGAUCAAUCUACCCAACAAUUUGUGACUUGUCUCAUUCGAGUUAUACUGCAGUAUCGUUCAGCCAUUCUCGUCAGCAACAUCUCAGCAUCUGCAUCAUGUACCAAUCUUAUGCAAGACAGUAUAAGGAAUUCAAUGAAUAAAGAGGAUGAUGAGAAGGAUGAUGACUUUCAUAAUUUUGUUACUCAUUCUACAAUGAAACUCAAUGGCUGGAUGAUGUACAGGGUUGGCAGACAGCUGGCCAGGUAUGCCUACCACAAGUCGGCGUCAGCAGUUUUUUCAAAAAUUCGUCAUUUGGUGUACGACGAACGUAGGAAUGCAUGGAUGGAUGGCUUGAACAAAUUCUCUAAAGCUGAAUCACUUAUUAGAGAUGCUGGUGAUAGGAAGAAAUCAGGAUUCGCUGGUGGAAGUGUCAUCGGUCGAUCUGGAGAUGUGAGGAUGGAGUUACUGGAAAGAUUGACCAACGCUGUCGAUUACUACCAACUCGCUGUUUCUAAUUUCAAAGCAUCUGCCUGUCUUCAUCAUUCCAUCUUCCAAAUCACGUACACCAAUUUGAGGUGCAAGUUCAUAUUGUGCUGUAUCCAAGUUCUACAAUCGUGCUGCAGCUUCCAAACAGUGCCUCCACCAGCCAUCGCCACGUCACUCGCCAUCAACACCGGACAGGAGAGUCACAAAUGUGAACACGUCCUUAACCAAUUUAAAAGUUGCAUUGAAAAAUUAUUAUCACUGGAGAAAGAAUACAGCGAGCUUCACUCCAGCUGCUUUGAUGCUGACCAACGCACUCUGCAGCACAUUGACAUCUGCCUGGAAAUGUGUCGUCUGAUUUUAAAUGUUCUCAAAGCCGUACUAAGUCACACAAGCGGAACAUUAGACAUGAAAUCGACGCUGAUGGCGGACGCAACGAGCUUCAUAACGUCUCGAGCGUCAUCGUCGGUUGAAGAUAGGUGGUGGAGGUUCAUAAACAAUGAUCUGCUCAACUCUUUGCAACAAUCUCUCGACACUGAAGAUAAUCUUCUUCUCAGUUGUCAGAUAAUAGGCCAAAUCGAGCAGGCUAUAUACAAAUGCACACAGUUUCCACUUCAUUUUCCACGAUUUUUUUUCCAGAAACUACAAGCCACGGAUAUAAGACUGGCCAUCUCUCCGCCUAUGAAAAGUCCUGAUGAUGUUAUACUGGUCAAAUGUGACACGCUAUUUGCCAUCAAAGUCGAAGGCAUUGUUAGUUCUUGUGCAUUUGCGGCGGUGAACCAGCAGAAAAUUUACACUGUCAACAAAAGAAUUAGGAAAGUUCAGUUGACCGUUUCUUCCGAGCAAACAUCUGGGAAGACUAUGAAGUGCCCACCCGUGGGACCGACAACAAUCCACUUUGUUGAAAGAUGCCCCAUGCAAACUGACUACGUGUGCCAUCGAUUCCUCAUUCCCUUCCCCACUCCUGGAUAUUAUCAGAUUUGCAUAGACGCAAAAAUUGUGGAUGUCGAAGAAAGAGUUUGGUCGAGUUGCGCUAAGUCGUUCUUAAUGGUGCAAGCUUAUGAUGAAGUCUUGUUGAGACAACAACAACAGCAACAACAAGCACAUGCCUAA